AUGAGGGCGGCCCAGCCCGCGGGCGAGGAGGCGCCGCCGGGCGCGCGCUCGGCCAAGGUGGUCCUGGUGGGCGACGGCGGCUGCGGGAAGACGUCGCUGCUGAUGGUCUUCGCCCAAGGGGCCUUCCCCGAGAGCUACACCCCCACAGUGUUCGAGCGGCUCAGUGUGAAUCUGCAGAUGAAGGGCAAACCUGUGCACCUCCAAAUCUGGGACACAGCAGGACAAGUGGAUUAUGAUCGCCUGCGGCCCCUCUUCUACCCUGAUGCCAGUGUCCUGCUCCUCUGCUUCGACGUAACCAGCCCGUACAGCUUUGACAACAUCCCUAACCGGUGGUACCCAGAGGUGAGUCACUUCUGCAAGGAGGUGCCCAUCAUCCUCGUGGGCUGCAAGACUGACCUGCGCAAGGACAAGGUGCUGGUGAAGAAACUGCGGAAGAAUCGUUUGGAGCCAGUGACCUAUCACAGGGGCCAGGAGAUGGCGAGGUCGGUGGGCGCGGUGGCCUACCUCGAGUGCUCAGCUCUGCUCCAGGAGAACGUCCAGGCCGUCUUCCAGGAGGCGGCCAAGGUGGCCCUCAGCAGCCGCGGUCGCAACAUCUGGCGGCGGAUUACCCGGAGGAUCUUUUGCGUGGUGACCUGACUCCCGGCUUGGGGCCCUCCCCGCACCCGCAGCACCCGAAGGAGCCUGGCACUGACCCUCUGCCCAGUUGGCUAGGCUGGACUGGACCCCACCCCCAGGCAGACCUCCGAACUGCACUUCAAACAGGUGGACCCCUUCGAGGUCGGACCCACCCCAGAGGUGAUCCCUGGACUGGAGUGAAUCCCUUCUGAGGCCUGGGUUAAGGGGCGCUGGGGCCCACCCCGCCAGAGGCAGGCAGUCAUGGGUUCCCAUAGAAUCUCAGACAGGAGUCCCAGCUCCCAGCCCUGGACGGCACAUCCUGGACCUGCCGCCCCCUUAUGGCUGUUCCCGGGACUGCACCUUCGGGACUUGGCCUCCCCUGGCGUGUUUCUCGGCCAGGCCCAUCCCCCAGUAAUUAACAACUGAAAUGACAUCUCUGGUCCCUGUUGUCCUCUUGUG